GGGGAGGUGAUUACGUCACGCGGGAAAGAAGGACCCUUGUCGAACUUCGACUUUUUAAUUAGAAUAUCUCCUCAGAACACUUAUUAGCUUCAAUUGAUGUCCGGGAUUAAUGUAUCAUCACCGGAACCGUUAACAUACUCUUUUACGCAACACGAACAUGGCACUGUUCGCCAAGAAAUAGAGUAUUGAAUUCAGUGGCAUUCUUUUCAGGCACAUUUUCGAGGCGCCCUUUCUGCGCGCGGUGCAUUGCGGGAGCGUCGCCUCUCUUGUAUCGAGCGAAACCGAUUGCAUUUGCCAUAGUUUGAAGGAGGUGUGUAAGCCAUUGUGCGUGCCAGUAACGUUUUGUUUUUUUAAACAUGUCGGUGCGGGAAUCUUUUAACCCAGAGAGUUAUGAUCUGGACAAGAACUUCAGACUAACACGCUUCACAGAGCUCAAGGGAACAGGUUGUAAAGUCCCUCAAGAUGUGCUCCAGAAACUGCUGGAAUCCCUGCAGGAAAACCAUUAUCAGGAAGAUGAGCAGUUCCUCGGGGCUGUAAUGCCCAGACUAGGCAUUGGUAUGGACACCUGUGUGAUUCCGCUGAGACAUGGAGGCUUGUCACUUGUGCAGACCACAGAUUAUAUCUACCCCAUAGUGGACGAUCCAUAUAUGAUGGGGAGAAUUGCUUGUGCCAAUGUGUUGAGUGACCUGUACGCUAUGGGUGUAACAGAAUGCGACAACAUGCUGAUGCUUCUUGGUGUCAGCAACAAACUUACAGAGAAGGAGCGUGAUAAGGUCAUGCCACUGGUCAUCCAGGGGUUUAAGGAUGCAUCCGAGGAAGCGGGAACCUCCGUUACAGGUGGUCAGACUGUUAUAAAUCCUUGGAUAGUCCUGGGAGGCGUGGCCACAACAGUGUGCCAACCGAAUGAGUUCAUUAUGCCAGAUAAUGCAGUACCAGGGGAUGUGCUGGUUCUCACCAAACCACUAGGAACACAAGUGGCGGUCGCAGUGCAUCAGUGGCUGGACAUUCCAGAGAAAUGGAAUAAGAUCAAAUUGGUUGUCACUCAGGAGGAUGUUGAACUGGCGUAUCAGGAGGCCAUGUUAAACAUGGCUCGACUCAACAGAACAGCUGCCGGGCUGAUGCACACCUUCAACGCACAUGCAGCGACUGACAUCACAGGGUUUGGGAUCCUGGGCCACGCUCAGAACCUGGCACGACAGCAGCGUACAGAGGUGUCCUUCGUCAUUCACAACUUGCCAGUUCUCGCCAAAAUGGCUGCCGUCAGCAAAGCUUGCGGGAACAUGUUCGGUCUUAUGCACGGCACCUGCCCAGAGACCUCAGGAGGUUUGCUGAUCUGUCUUCCACGCGAGCAAGCAGCCCGUUUUUGUGCCGAGAUCAAAUCUCCCAAGUACGGCGAAGGUCACCAGGCGUGGAUCAUCGGCAUUGUAGAGAAAGGCAACCGCACGGCACGCAUCAUCGACAAACCCCGCAUCAUCGAAGUCGCACCGCAGGUGGCCACACAGAAUGUCAACACCACCCCGGGAGCCACAUCUUAAAUCUGAGCGGCCCAAACAGCUAGCGUACUCUAGCCUCACCUGAAAAUAUAUCAGCGUAAUGAUAUAUAUAGAACAUCUGCCCACCUUGGCCUUCUGGCAGAUUCUACAUGGACACGUUUAUAAAGCAGAAGAACAUUCAAUUGCCUUUUUGUGUCUAUAAUUUUCUGUUACAUUAACUGGCCAUGCACCUGAUUGUGAGGCAGCUUACAAGUAGAAAGUAUAAUUAAUAGUAUAAUUCUUAUUUGAUACUGUUGAUUACUUCCAAAUAUCUUCUGCUAGCACAUCACCUGCGGUCUCAUACAUAGCCAUGGUGUGUUUUUGCCUUUCCUGUUAGUAUGCACAACCCAUGCCGUAGUUCACAUCAUAAUCUUUGCCUCGAACAAUAGUUAAUGAAGCUGCAGUGACGAGGAAGAGCGUGUCGGGGAAGGAUUUCUUUUUUUACUUUUGUAUUAUCCCUCGUGCGUCGGAUAAAAUAACCCUCCCUCACUGUUCGGUGGAAACUUUGUUGGACUGAAGGGAUCCAAGGUAAUACCUCUCUAAUAAAUCAAGACCUCUUAUUCUGGGAGACGCACCGCUGUCUUUGACGGCGACGCUGAUUUUUCUCAAAGAAUGUGCUAAACGUUGGAGAUGCAGUUUGUAUUGUAUGAUAGCUACUGUUUCACAUGAACAUCAUUAGUUCUGUUCUGUGGUAGAGAUGUUUUUAUAUUCUGUACAAAGGUCAUAAUUUCUUGCCGUCUCUAUUUACUAUUCAUCAUGUAUAUGCCUUGAAAGCCCUCCAAUAAAACUCGGAUCCUUUUUUAAAUUCUUGAAAA